AUGUCGGAGGAGGAGCAAGCAAACCCCAUGGCCGAGUCCGGCGUCACAAUUCCGUCCGACAGCGAGCAGUACUCUGGGGCCGAAGACCUGUCGAUGUCACCCCCUUCCUCCUCUUCCCCGCCACUCAUUCUCUACCAACCGCCGACUAUCUGGGGCCUACUCCGAGGUGCCGCCAUAAACCUCUUCCUCCCAUUUAUCAACGGCAUGAUGCUCGGUUUUGGCGAGCUUUUUGCUCACGAGGCGGCGUACAGGCUUGGAUGGGGAGGCACGAGGGUAUUCCCGGCGUCGAGGCGCCGAGCACAUGCUAUCGGUCCUGGAAUCGAAGUUGUGGAGAAGUCAAGUCAAAGGUCAGAGCUGGAACAUCUGACAAGCUUGGAGUGA